CUCCCCCUAUUAUAUCAUCACCACCACCCUUUUAUAUAGUCUCCUUUCUCUCUCCUACCCUCGCGCGAGCACUUGGCAAUGGCUUUCGCCAUUCCCUCUCAGAUUCGCCCGAGCUCCCCCCCUUCCCCCUGAGAUCGAAACCCUCCUCGAUCGAUCCCCCGGCCUCUCCUUCUCUCUCUCUUUCUCUCUCCUCUCCUCUCCUCUCCUCUCCUCUCCUCUCGGUAAGCUGCGUCUCGCUCUCUCGCUCCUCCUCGUCGACGGCGAAACCCUAGAGGUCGUGGUGGUCGCGGCAAUGGCGGCGUCCGCCGUGGCGUCCCCGCUGUGCACGUGGCUGGUGGCUGCGUGCAUGUCGGUCGCGUGCGGCGAGGAGCGCCCGCGGGGGCAAUGGAGGGGCUCCGCGCUCGGCGGGGCCGGGCCGCGGCGGCGGAGGGGGCGCGGCGGCGUUGGAGCGGCGGCGGCGGCGUCGUGGAUGGAGCGGCGGGAUCCGCCGCGGAGGAUCAUCUCCGCCCUGUUCGGGGGUUCCGGGGGGAUCCAGGGGCUCAUGAGCACGUGCCUUGCCUUCGAGCCCUGCGCCGAUUUCGUCCACGGCUCCACCAAUGGCUCCGCCUCCUUCCUGGCCGAGCACCUCUUCGGCGCCACUCGGAGGCGGCGCAGGGCCGCGCGCUCCUCCGCAGCUUCUGAUGCAGGAAAAGCUAUGGCGGUUGCAUUGCAACCUGAAAAGGAAGCUGUGGAGAAAAAGAAACUUGACACCAAACAGAGGAGGGUUGUUGUGACGGGCAUGGGUGUAGUGACUCCACUAGGCCAUGAUCCUGAUGUCUUUUACGAUAAUCUUCUUGCUGGCGUCAGUGGCAUUAGUGAGAUAGAGACGUUUGAUUGUUCAAGUUUCCCUACGAGGAUUGCAGGAGAAAUUAAAUCCUUUUCUUGUGAUGGGUGGGUCGCGCCAAAACUAUCGAAGCGGAUGGAUAAAUUCAUGCUGUACUUGCUAAUUGCUGGGAAAAAAGCAUUGGAGGAUGGUGGAAUUACAGAGGAUAUCAUGAAUCUUUUAGACAAAACUAGGUGUGGAGUUCUCAUUGGGUCUGCCAUGGGUGGUAUGAAGGUGUUUAACGAUGCGAUUGAAGCAUUAAGGGUCUCUUACAAGAAAAUGAAUCCGUUUUGUGUACCUUUUGCAACUACAAACAUGGGGUCUGCCAUUCUUGCAAUGGAUCUGGGUUGGAUGGGCCCCAACUAUUCUAUAUCUACUGCAUGUGCGACUAGCAACUUCUGUAUUCUGAAUGCCGCGAAUCAUAUUAGAAGAGGUGAAGCUGACCUGAUGCUUUGUGGUGGUUCUGACGCUGCUGUCAUACCCAUAGGAUUGGGAGGUUUUGUGGCUUGCAGAGCACUUUCACAGAGAAACAAUGAUCCCACAAAAGCUUCCAGGCCCUGGGAUGUUGACCGUGAUGGAUUUGUUAUGGGAGAAGGAGCUGGCGUGCUUCUGUUAGAAGAACUAGAACAUGCUAAGCAAAGAGGAGCAGAGAUCUACGCUGAGUUUCUAGGAGGAAGCUUCACAUGUGAUGCAUACCACAUGACAGAGCCACAUCCUGAAGGGACGGGUGUUAUUCUCUGUAUUGAGAAGGCACUAGCAGAAUCCGGGGUAGCCAAAGAAGACGUCAAUUAUGUCAAUGCUCAUGCAACUUCUACACCAGCUGGUGACCUGAAAGAGUAUCAAGCUCUCAUUCAUUGUUUUGGGCAGAAUCCUGAGCUACGAGUGAACUCGACAAAAUCCAUGACGGGGCAUCUACUGGGAGCUGCUGGAGGAGUGGAAGCUGUUGCUGUGAUACAGGCAAUACGCAAAGGGUGGGUCCAUCCAAAUAUCAAUCUAGACAACCCUGAGAAAAGUGUGGAUGCCAACGUACUGGUAGGAUCAAGAAAAGAACGGCUGGAUGUGAAGGUAGCGCUAUCCAACUCCUUUGGCUUUGGCGGACACAACUCGUCGAUCCUGUUUGCACCGUACAAGUGACCGACGUUUGAUACUCAUGGAAUACUUGGUCAAGAGGCGUAAGAGCCCUAGGGCUUUUUCUGCUGUUAUUGUAGGAUUCUAAUGAAUCAAAGCCGGGGGAUCUUUUUUUUGGCAUAAAUUGUAGCCAAGAAAAGCAUUGGGCCCGCCUCUGUGCUUUUUGAAUUAGAUGUUCUUGACAGACAAUGUAAUGUUUUUGAGAAGCAUUAGGCCGUAUAAGUAUUUCACCGAGAAUGUGGGAAGGGGCUGGCCUUUUCAAUUUCGUAGGCCGAUAUUUGUUUUUUCUGGUUGUUGGAUCGGCGCUCUAAGAGAUUACUCUUUUGAUCCCUUUUGUUUGUUACUUCUGCAUGCUGCAGCGCCCAAACUGCAGAUAAAUGAUCACAUUUACAUUUGAGUGGGCUUGAUCUAGGACUUGUGGUAUUCAAUGAAUUCCUUGCGGUCGAGCCUUUUUUUUUUCUUUGA